AUGAAGACUGUCAUUAUUAAACUCGGCGGUGCUGCCCUCACAAACAAGAGAGCCAUUUGUGAGCUAACAAAUGAAUCCCAACUCGGGGUUUUGUUUGACCAACUCCAGGUUGUCUAUGAAUCUCUCCAAAAGUCAGGUGAUCGCCUAGUUCUCAUACACGGUGCAGGCAGUUUUGGCCACCCUCAAGCCAAGCGACACCACAUCAAACAAGGCUGGCUGUCACACGCAUCAGCCAACCAAGAACGUGAACAAAAGCUAGGCUUUGCAACUCUACGUCAGAAUGUCCUCCAGCUUCACAUCGCAAUCCUAGCCGGUCUGCAGAAUCGCGGAAUACCUGUAGUCAGUCUUUCACCUUUUGACCACAUCACAACCGAGAAUGGUUCCGAGAAUAGUCCAGAAAGAUGUUUUCGAUCCGCCGCUCAUCGUGCAAAUGACCUGAUGGCUCUGGAUCUUGUUCCGCUCCUUCACGGAGAUGCAGUGCUGGAUCGGGUGUUGGGAUGUACUAUUUUGUCAGGUGAUGUGGUAAUGUACCAUCUAGCUCAGCUUCUUCCUCAGGUAGUCCGUUGUGUAUUCGUGACGGAUGUUGCGGGCGUUUAUGAUUCCGAUCCAAAAGUGGUUUCUGCUCAACCUGCUCGAUUGAUCCCAUUUAUUGAUUCAAGCCAAACAACCAAAGGCAUCAAGAAAGAAAUAGAGCGAGGACAAGGAAAGGCAUCAGUUAAGACACUGGUGUCAGAAGGAAACCAGCACUCUGAUGUGACAGGUGGGAUGAACAGUAAGGUCAAAUGGGCAGCAAAGACUGUAAUGCAUGCAGAUCAAGCUCGCCGAGAAUUACAAGUCGUCAUCUGUAAAGCAGGGUCAUACGAAGCAGAACAUGCCAUGUCACUUCAACCUGUUCUUAACAACGGAGAACCCUAUCCCGAACUUGCGAUGACUGUAUUCAGUACCACCCAAAUGCAAUCAUAUUAA